AUCAUGAGUUAUAUUUUCAGAAUGUACAUGUUUGGCAUUGUAGAUGUAGACUGUUUUUUUCUAUACACUUGAUCAAAUUUGAUAAAGUUUGACUUUCACUAAAAUCUAUAGACGUUGUAUUAUGGAAUGGAGGGAGUACUAGAAAAAACUUGAAACUAUAAAGCAUAAAUCGCAUAUUCCGACGGCUGGUGUCGGUUGAGCUAUUCCCAAACAAGAAAACGACGAUACGAACGAGCGGUUGCGGCAGCGUCCAAUAUUUCGUCGUCGCAUUCGCACCUCCCUCGGGACACACGACUCAUCAUCGGUGCACUUUGCUCCACCGAACAGAGUAAUACACCACUGACCCAGCAGUGAGCUGGCACUCCUUGUCCUUGUCCUUGGUGCGGUGGUGCCGCCAUGAACAUCCGCGUGCGAGUUCUCGAGGCCACCCAUGUCCGGCCGGAGAUGCCCGGGCACACCACAGUCCACCAGCCCGCCGCCGUCAGUCUCUCUCUCUUCGACAGUCUGUUCCUCGCGCUCCCACCGAUCCAGCGGCUCUUCUUCUAUGAUGGCGAGGACGUCCCGCCCUUCUCGGAGCUCGUCGGCUCGCUGCGGUCCUCCCUCGCUGCCACGCUCGCCACCUUCACUCCGCUCGCCGGGAGGAUCGCGGCCUGGCCCGACGGCGACCUCGUCAUCGACUGUUCCCCUGAUGCUCUCCACCCCGGCGUCAGGUUCGUUGUGGCCGAGUACUCCGGCGACGCUGCCGACAUGUGCAGGCUCGCCCGGGACGCCGAGCAGGACACCGAGGCGUUUGUGCAGCUCGUCCCGGAGCUCGAGGUGUGCAUGCUGCCGGCGCCCGUGCUCGCCGUCCAGGUCACGCGGCCGGCACAAGCACGGGGAGACGACGAGGGAGCGGGCGCCGUGGCAGUCGGAGUGUCGAUGCACCACGCGGUGGCGGACGGCCAGUCGCUGUGGCAGUUCAUGAGGGCGUGGGCCGGUGCGUCACGGGCGGGCUCGCAAUCGCAAGCAGCGACGGGGCCGCCGCCGACAUUCGACAGGCGGAGAUCCUGCGGCACCCCAAAGCAGAGGCGGCUGCGCGCGAGUUCACCCGCCUCUCGGCGCCGGAUCUGCCCAGAGUUAACACGCUGCCGGAGCCUGACUGGACGCAGCAGCGCAGGCGGACUUACCUGCUCACCGGACGUGGUUUUUAGAGCAUGUGCACGUCGGCCCUGCUAUCCUAACUCUUCAAUAUUGCUUUACGAUCUGUGCGACACAACAAACUUUUUAUAUGAAAUUUUCUCUUUUUUGUUUCUCUCAUCCAAAACAUAUCUUGAAGUUCAAACCUUUGCAGCGUGGCAAAGCUUUCUAACUGGAAUCUAG